UCUCUCAUUAUCAUUUACAUCAAGAGCAACCUUUUCUCUCUAUUGCGGGUCUCGGUUUGACGAAAGGAGAAAAGAAAGACAGGAAAUUACGUAAGAUCGGGUGAAUCUGCAUACUCCGACGUCUCCAUCUGUGUCCGGGAGAUUUGAAAGAGAAAAAUCAUCCUCGGAGAGGUGUUGGCUGAGAAAUACAAGCAGAAUCAUUGAACAUAAAUGGGUGCAGAGGAUACCUCGAAUCCCAAUCUCAAAUCCGUUCAUGAUGGUGACGCGGGUACCAGUCAGGAAUACCCAGUCAUAUUGAAUGUCUAUGAUUUAACUCCGAUGAAUCAUUACGCCGUUUGGUUCGGCUUUGGAAUCUUCCAUUCGGGCUUAGAAGUUCAUGGAAAGGAAUAUGGAUUUGGAGCACAUGAUUUUCCAAUCAGUGGGGUGUUCGAAGUGGAACCUAGGACAUGCCCUGGCUUCAUUUAUAGGUGUUCCAUCCCUCUUGGUCAUAUUAAUAUGCCUUCUUCAGAAUUUCGAGAUUACAUUGAGAGAGUGGCUUCAGAGUAUCAUGGAGAUACUUACCAUCUUAUCUACAAGAACUGCAAUCAUUUUACAGAUGACAUGGCAAUGAGACUGACAGCAAAAGGGAUCCCCGGAUGGGUUAAUCGACUUGCUAGGCUAGGUUCUGUCUGCAGUUGCUUACUUCCUGAAAGCCUUCAAGUAACAACUGUGAAGCAGCUGCAUGAAUAUCAUGCAUGUACAGAGGAAGAUGGAUUGGAUUCGAUGUCAAGUUUAAGCAACCUGUCAGAAAGCGACGAUGGAAAUCACGAGAAACAGCUGCUCUCCCCCACAAUGGGAAGCUCGGAUGUGAAUUUUAUCAAGGAGGUCCACAGUUGAAACAAACAUCCAAAGAUGAAAUGAAAAUCAAUGGUGGUCGGUGGUUAUUGUUUUUGUCCAUAUUCUUCUUCCAUCCUAUUUUGAUUGGUUUGUCUCCAUUUUUUGGUUCAUUUUCCUCAGUCUCUUAUGUUUAGUAGUGGGAUGAUGUAAUAGCCAAAAUUUCAAGGUAGGAAAAUGUUGGGCUCGAUUGACUUGACCUCCUAUAUGUUAUGUAUUCAUUCGAAUGCUUGCAAUUUCCACAUCUCUAAUACUAAUUUCGAUUCUUUCU